CAUACACACGUAUAUAUUAUCUAUAAAACUUGCAUGGCAAUGUUUAUAGAAUCAUUUUCUUUGGAAAGGAAAAAGAAAGUUUUAUCCUACUCUUUUAACUCCAGCUGCCACAUAGUUUUCAAUACUUAAAUUUUUUUAGUGCUUAUAUAUCUUAACUGUGGUUUUAAAGAAGCUCCAGAUGGAACAGAAGGGAAAAAAGAUGGAUGUUAGUUCAGUAGAAAUUUCAUCUGUUGGCUCUUUUUAUCCUGUUACCUUAUAUACUAUAUUUAUUUUUUCAAAAGCAAAAAACAUUUGAUUUUUUUCCUCAUUAGGUCAAAUAUGGUAAGCUACUUUGAUUAUGUGUUUUGUUAUUGAUCAUUGAUUAUCUUAGUCUUUUUGCUUUUCCACAGUUUUUAAGGGCUUCAACUUUACUCUUAGGUGAUAACUACAUGUUCUAGAAAAAGGUUAAUGAUCUCAUGAUGUUCUUUUCAUUUUGUUUUUCAUACUACAAAUUCAAAAAACAUAGGUCAUAUUUUGGUAAUAUUUUCCUCUUCUGAGCCUCUUUUUGAUCAUUCACUCCUAACCGCCCCCUACCCCAUCAUUCUGUUCUUUUGCUUUUAGGAUCUAGUCUGCUUGGAAGGUUAGAUAUUUUAGAACAUCUGGUGAUUUUUUUUUCUUAAGAUUUACUCUAGUCUUUUACUUGCUAACAGUUAGGAAUCAUAGAUCUGAUUUCCGUCAUCUCACUGUUUAUGAAACAGGCCUUUCUUUGAUUGUCAGCAGGUAUUUUAGUUCCUACUUAAAAAGGUUCAUUCUUCAUUAGGAGUCUGAGGUCCUUUGAGCAAAGUGAUGUUACGGUUUUAUUAGUAGAUUAUUCUUUGAAGAAUAAUCUCUGUGUGUUUUUUAAAUUUCUCUAAGGUUAGAGAAUCAUUGUAACUGUUUUUGUCAGGUUUUGGUUAUAUCCAACUGUAAAUACUGUAAAAUGAAUUUUAUUUUCUACUAGAGGAGCCAUUUCUAUUGGUAUUGUAACAGGCAUGAGUUGUGCAUUUGGUUGGGAGAUUUUUCCCUAACAGGCAUGCCACUAUUCCCAGUAUAUCUGCUUACAAGUUCUGAUAAUAAAUCUUGUGAAAAGUUACUGUGACUGGAAUUUUUCCUGAUGUAUACUGUUGAGUAUGUAAAUAUAGUAUUUCGCCAAAGACAUAGUAACUUUUUAUUGCAUACCUCUUGGCAAAUAGCUGUGUGUUCUUUUAAAAUUAGUCAUACCUUUUAUUUGCACUUAGCUUUGCAUGGAUGGAAUUAAGCUUGAUUUGGGGAUCAUAUAAAAAAGCAUAUGGAAUGUAAGCAUAGUGUGCCACAUCUGUUUUAAGUGUUACUCUGUAAACAAGUUUUAUAAAUAGUAUCACAACUGUUAACAUUUAUUUAUACAAUGCAUCUUUGGUGUUCACAGCUAGGAUGAAACCCUAUUUAAUACUUUGAAAUUACCAAUACACCUUAUAAGACUAAUACAGAAUGUGGCUUUAAAAAAUGUGUGUGUAUGUGCAUAAUAAUCCUUAAUCAUCUUGGCUGAGGUUCUGCUGUCUUGUAUGUUUUGUUAUGAAUUACAAGUUCCUUUUAUUCAGUGAUGAGGAGAGGAAUGCUUGUUGAAAGAAUGUAAGCCACCAGCCUGGGAUUUAUAUUAGCAUAAGUAAUCAAAAUACUUUUAUAUUUGAAGCUAGUUUCUUAAAAUUAUUUCUAUUUUAUUAAGGGUUUUUUUUUAAAGUUUUUUUAGUUGUAAAUAGAUACAGUAUCUUUUAUGUAUUUAUUUUUACAUGGUGCUGAGGAUCAACCCAGUGCCUAGCAUGUAUGAGGCAAACACUCUACCACUGAGCUACAGCCCCAGCCUGAGGGAAAUUAUUUUUAACAUAAAAUGGAGUCAUUUUUCUAGAAAUAGUUGAAACACAUGUAUAAAAAUAGUGUACAGAAUUUUUAAAAAAUAUAUAAAUAGGAAGAGAUACUGUUUCAAAGAUAUAUCCUAAUCCAGCAAUUUGAAAACCUGAAACAUUUGAAAAGGGGGAAAUUUCCCUUGAAGGUUGCUUUUUUUCACGUUCUGUAGCUAGCUUGUCUUCCUGGUGUCUGCAUGUAUCAGAAAAAAGCAGAAUUUUGCCUUACAGAUUAAGGAAGUUAACUUAAGCUUUUAAAAUGACAUGUGUUAUAGACAUUUAUUGGAAUUUUAACUAAGACAUACCUUUUACAUAUACCCAUGAAUAUAUUCCAUGGCCCUUAUUUGGAAAAGGGACGACUUUGAAGGGUGCCCUUCAUUGUCUAGGAAGCUGAGGAAGUGCUUUGGGUGACAUCUUAGAAAAUGCAAGGUGAUUUUAAUACAAAAUGCUGGAAGGCAGUGCAAUGAUUUUCAUGAUGGAUUGUUUCACUUGUGAUUUUGCUUUAUUUUUCACCUUCCUCACUGGCCAUUGGAGGCAUUUGGCAGUAGUUAUUUUGAGAUAAGAAAAGGGAACGGUUGGGGCUUGGGUUGAGGCUUAGGGGUAGAGUACUUGCUAGCAUGUUUUAAGACACUGGGUUUAAUUUUAAGCACUGCAUAUAAAUAAAUGAAUAAAAUAAAAGUCCAUCAAAAAAUUAAAAAAAAAAAUCAAAAAGAAAAGGGAAGGGUUAAUGUAGGAGACUAGAUCUCUGGGCAAGGGAGUAAGUACAAUUUUCAGACUAGGGUCCAAACUCUAAGAUAACUAGGGGACAUUGACAAAAUUAUGGAUGCCUCUCUAUUUUGUAUCUUCAACCUCUCUUGUAUCCAUUCACUCUUAUUUGCUCCACGUUUUAACCUUCAUCAUUUCUUCCCUGGACCAUUGUCACAUCAGCCACUCAAUUGAUAGUCUUGCUUUUCAACAAAUUUCCCCCUUCAUUGCCAACAGAUUGCUCUUCUCCUUCUCCUUCUCUUCUCCUCCUUCUUUCUUGUCCUCCUUUCUUCUUCUCUCCUCCUCCUCCUUCUCCUCCUCCUCCUCCUUCUUCUACUGGGGACUGAACCCAGGAGUGCUCUACCACUGAGCCACAUCCCUAGCCAUUUUUAUGUUUAUUUAUUUUGGUACAGGGUUUUGCUAAGUUGCUGAGGUUGGCUUCAACCUUGGCAGUUCUCCUGCCUCAGCCUCUCGAGUGACUAGGGUUACAGGCAUGUACCACACUGCCUGAUAAACUUAAUAAAACACAAUGAAGUGCAAUAAAAUCAUCAUUCCUCUAUGAAAAAAAAAUCUUCCAGUGGCUUCUCAUUACAUUUCAGAAUAAAGUCCAAAUACCUUGGCCUGACUUCCAAGGCCCUUUGCGAUCUGGCCCUGUGUUACCUUUCCAACAAUUUCUUUCCACGUUGUUCUCUUCUAAUGGGCAUCAGGAUCCAAUCACAAGGAGAAAUUAAGCCCCCUUUUCCAAACUUACUGUACCUUUUGCUAUUUCAUACCUUGUUCUCUCUGUCUGGGACAUACUAGUUAGCCUGACAUCUUAGCUCUUCAUUCCACAAUUACCAAAACUUACCUGGCUCCUCUUCCCCACCCCUACUCCAAACAGUAUAACAAUUCCUUCUGUGAUCCCUUAACACUUUCCACAUACCUUAACUAUAUAUCCACAUCUCUGUGUGUGUGUAUCUGAACACAUACACAUACACAUUUAGCAUGUUAUAUUAUGUGUGUGUGAUGCUGAGGUUCAAACCCAUGUCCUCAUGAAUGCCAAGCAAGCAUUCUACCACCGAGCUACAUCCCCAGUCCCAGCAUAUGCAUUAGAUGGUGAAUGUUAGAAUUCAUAUUGGCCUAAAAAUGCAAUCUUUUUAAGGGCAUACAUUGGAACAUUGCUAUAUUUGUACCUCUGAUACCUAUGGGAGUGCCUCGAUUUUAGUAGAUACUCAAUAAGUGGAGAAAAAAAUUUGAGGCAAUAUGUAUGAGUGAAAGCUACUUACCCCCUUUCCCCUCUCAUUGCUACAACUAUUCACCAGAAGGUGACCACUGUUAACAGUUUAAUAUGUUUAUUGUUUAUUACAGUUAACAUUUUCAUAUGGGUUCAGUUUAUGAUAUGAUAGAAUUAUAUUUUUAUAAAAUGAGUGUAUACACCUCCUUUUUCUCUCUUUUGCUUAUCAAAGUAUACUUUAUAUACAGUAAAAUACAGGAAUCCUAAUGACUUGAUGCAUUUUUAUAUUUAUACAUUCAUGCAACCACCUCCCCAUGCCAAGAUAGAGAUCGUUUCCAUCAACCCAGAAAAUGUCUCUUGCGUCUUCUACAAUGCCUCCCUCCCCCCUUGCAGGCUGGUUGGAAGGAAAAUCACGCAACAUUCAUGAGCGAACUAAAAAAUCUUCAGGCUUCUGGACUGACUACUCUUGGUCAGGCUCUAAGAUCCUCAUUUGAUUUGUUAAAUCUCAAUAGAUUAAUAUCUGGAAUAGACAAUUAUGGACAGGGAAGAAAUCCAUUUUUUUUAGAACCAUCUAUUUUAAUUACCAUCACAGAUGGAAACAAGUUAACAAGUACUGCUAGCGUUCAAGAAGAGCUUCAUCUUCCUUUAAAUUCUCCUCUGCCUGGAAGUGAACUAACCAAAGAACCUUUUCGUUGGGAUCAAAGGUUAUUUGCCCUGGUGUUACGUUUGCCUGGAGUGGCUUCUACUGAACCAGAGCAACUAGGGAGUGUACCCACAGAUGAAUCGGCCAUCACACAGAUGUGUGAAGUCACAGGAGGUCGCUCCUACUGUGUUAGGACACAAAGAAUGUUGAAUCAGUGUUUAGAAUCUCUAGUUCAAAAAGUUCAGAGUGGUGUAGUUAUUAAUUUUGAAAAGACGGGACCAGAUCCACUUCCUGUUGGAGAAGAUGGACUUAUGGAUUCAUUUAGGCCAAGCAAUUCAUUUGCUGCUCAACCGUGGCAUAGUUGUCAUAAACUCAUUUAUGUGCGACCUAACUCUAAAACCGGUGUUCCUGUUGGACAUUGGCCAAUUCCAGAAUCUUUUUGGCCAGAUCAGAAUUUACCUUCACUACCUCCACGAACAUCUCAUCCUGUUGUGAGGUUCUCCUGUAUAGACUGUGAGCCAAUGGUAAUAGACAAACUGCCCUUCGACAAAUAUGAACUUGAACCCUCUCCCUUGACUCAGUACAUCUUGGAACGAAAAUCUCCCCAUACCUGCUGGCAGGUAUUUGUUACUAGUAGUGGAAAAUACAAUGAACUUGGAUAUCCAUUUGGUUAUUUAAAAGCCAGUACAACUUUAACUUGUGUGAACCUCUUUGUGAUGCCUUACAACUACCCAGUUUUACUUCCUCUUUUAGAUGACUUGUUCAAAGUUCACAAGCUUAAGCCAAAUCUGAAGUGGCGACAGGCUUUUGACAGCUACUUAAAAACUCUGCCUCCAUACUAUUUAUUACCAUUAAAGAAAGCACUAAGGAUGAUGGGAGCUCCAAAUCUGAUAUCAGAUAAUUUAGAUUGUGGACUUAGUUACAGUGUUAUCUCUUACCUUAAAAAACUCAGCCAACAGACCAAACUAGAAUCAGAACGAAUACUAGCAUCAGUGGGGAAGAAACCUCCCCAGGAAACUGGUAUCAAAGUGAAAAAUCAUUCUGGAGGUGGUGUGUCCUUGGUUCACAAUAAGAAUUUUAGAAAACUAUUGAAAGAGAUUACAGGGGAAACUGCACUGAGACUGACAGAAUUGAAUACCAAAGAAUUUGCUGGCUUCCAAGUAGGGCUCUUAAACAAGGAUUUGAAGCCUCAGACAUACAGAAAUGCUUAUGAUAUUCCACGAAGAGGUCUUUUGGACCAGUUGACCAGAAUGAGAUCCAAUCUGCUGAAAACUCACAAGUUUAUUGUUGGACAAGAUGAAGAUUCCCUUCAUAGUGUUCCAGUUGCACAAAUGGGUAACUAUCAGGAAUAUCUAAAGACAGUGGCCUCCCCAUUACGAGAGAUUGAUCCAGACCAACCAAAACGACUGCAUACUUUUGGCAAUCCAUUUAAACAAGAUAAGAAGGGAAUGAUGAUUGAUGAAGCAGAUGAGUUUGUAGCAGGGCCACAGAACAAAGUGAAACGUCCUGGAGAACUCAACAGUCCUAUGUCAUCUAAGAGAAGGCGGAGUAUGUCCCUGCAGUUGAGGAAACCACAAACACCGCCUACUGUAACUAACCAUGUGGGCGGAAAGGGACCACUCUCAGCCUCGUGGUUCCCAUCUUAUCCAAACCUCAUAAAACCCACCCUUGUACAUCCAGAUGCCACUGUCAUUCAUGAUGUGCAUGAAGAGAAGAUGGAAAAUGGGCAAACCCCACCUGAUGGCUUCUUGUCAAAAUCUGCUCCAGCAGAGCUUAUGAACACAACAGGAGAUGGUGUCCCACCCAGCCAAUUAGAUUCUCUGUCUGAUGACUUCACUAGUCUCAAGAGAGAUGGACCAUUUCACAAACUUGGUAAUAACGUACUUAGAGGAGGAGCCCCAAACUGCAAUCUCUCCGUGGAUGACCAAAAAAUUGCAGUAGUAUCUACUUUGGGAACUGCACCAAAUGCAUUGCAGAUCACUCCUGCAAUGGCACAAGGAAUCAAUGCUGAUAUCAAACAUCAAUUAAUGAAAGAAGUUCGAAAGUUUGGACGAAAGUAUGAAAGAAUCUUCAUUUUGCUUGAAAAAGUUCAAGGACCUCUGGAGAUAAAGAAGCAGUUUGUUGAAUUUACCAUCAAGGAAGCUGCAAGGUUUAAAAGACGAGUCUUAAUUCAGCAACUUGAGAAGGUGCUAGAAAAAAUAGAUUCUCAUCACCUUCUCAACAAUGUGAAUCACAUCAACAGCAGAUCAUCAAGUUAAUGCAGAGACAAGUGAAAAAAAAAGAUAAGAUUUCUGAACUGUAGGACUGGUCAGGAUAUUGUUGAAGCCUCAAAGAGUCUAAGAGAAAGUGGUAGAGCUUUAAAUUUUAUGAUUAUCUGGCAGUAAAUGUUGGACUUUUGCCUUAAAAAUUUUUGUGAAAAGCAUCAUUUUUUAAAAUUUUCUUGUUUAUUUUCCCAAAUUAAAGGAAAGUGGUGGUGUUAAUUCAGUAGGCUAACUUCAUAAAACCCUGCUGUCCCUACCACAGGCAAUAAGGGAAUCACUCAUUUAAACUGCCAUUUCAGGCAUUUUCAAAGUAAUGAGGGGCUACCUGCAAGUGGAACACCACUUGAUGUUCUUACAAUGUCUUUUAGAAAGAAUAAGCUUACAGAAUCCAAGUAUUAGUCAUGUGUGUGCUAAACAGAACUUUCAACAAUUCCUAGUUGUGCCUUUUAAACCAUGCAAUAUUUUGGAAAGUUUGAAUCAAAGAGUAAGAAGCUGCUAUUUGGGUAACUUAUUUCUCUGUGGGAAGGGGCAGGGAGAGUCACCAAACAAUCUACCUCCAACUCUCUUGUAUUUUGUCUAAAGACAUUACAAAGUGCACCUGAGGCUGCCCUAUGCUCUGGCUUUUGUUCUUGCAUGUGAUAACAGAACAUCUUCAGGUGGACUUAAGUGCUUUGGAAGCACUAAAAGAAAAAAAAAUGUGUAUGUGUCCUUUAAUGUUUAUAUAAAAGUUUAUAUGGAACAGUAUUGUUAUGUUUGUAUUAUUUGUAAAAAUUUAAGUAUUCAAAGAGAUUUUUGACUUUGCAUAUAAAAAAAUUAAUCAUUUUAUUGAUUUUCACAGUUUAUUGAUGAUAGAGAAAUUUCUAGUGGUGUGAUUCUUGUGUCAUUUUCAGAAAAGUGCUUACUAUUCAAUGAUUAAGAUAUUAACAUAGGCUUUAAGCUUCCAAAUAUCACUCACAGGACUGAGUGAUGUUAGUGAAAGUACUGGGGAGGCCAGUCUCUCCUAAGAAACACUGAAGAGGAAAAACUGUCAGAAUCAAGUUUAUUGAAUUUCUAGAAUAUAAGUCAAAAGUUUAUAGCAACCAAGCAAAUGCUAUAUCAUGAGAAAAACCAUUGAGUAUGAUAAGAACUUUGAUGCAUUUCAGUUUACCCUUGUCCAUGCCUCCCCCUCCCCGCCCCCACCAUGGCAUGGCAGUGAUUUUGAAGAUGGCAGCCUGCAUUCCAAGUAUUGGGCUCCCGUUUCUGGAGGGAGUGUAUGUUUGCACCUGUCUGGAGGACUCCCUAAACUGACGAAAAGGGAUUAAUUGCCUUUGUUUUACAUAACUCCAAAGUCUCUCAGCAUCUAUGUGGAGGAUAUUUCUCAAAAAUAUUUCAAGGCAGACGAAUAAGCUGCAGAAAAUAAUAUGGAAAAAGGCUGGGAGGAAAUUGGGGGUUAUAUGACACUUUAGAGAAUUAGGGCUUUAAAAUUCUCCCACAUAUACCUGGAAAUCUAGGAAACCAUAUACAUACCCAAAGUUAGAACUCCUAUCUAUAAAAGACCUGAGAGCACAGAUUUCACCUCUGUCUGAUCUUUAGACCCAGUUCAAGCAGGAAAUGAAGGCUAAAAUAAGGCAAAGUUGUAAACAACCUGUUUAAGUGUUGAAGAAGCAUCCCAAUAGACAGCUAAUAUACUAUCACUUGGAGAAUAUUUUUUUUUCUUUUUAUUCCAGGUUCAUGAGAAAACCUUUUGAACUACUAGAUGACCUCCAAGUUAUAGGAACAAAGACUUCAGAGACUAUACAUGACAAAGAAUAUAGUCCUUAAAAAGAGUUUAGAGAAGUUAAUAAAUAAUUGACAAAAUAGGGAUGGGGCUGUGGCUCAUUGGUAGAGUGCCUGCCUCGCACAUGUGAGGCACUGGGUUCGAUCCUUAGCACCACAUAAAAAAUAAAGAUAUUGUGUCCAACUACAACUAAAAAAAUAUUUUAAAAAAUUGCUGAGAGCCACAGCCGAGUCGGAAUGAUGCAUGGCAUUUUUGCCAGAAGUGAGUAGUUGAGAGGUGACGCCAGCGAGCCAUUGAGAUGAUGAUGGUUAUGUUAAGCUGUGUAUUCAAUUGUAUUUUAGACCCCUGCUGUCCGCCUACUUUGGAGUUCUCAUGCUACUUUGGAGUUCUCCUGGGGAUUCCUGGAGAGUUCGAGUUGGUUGGGGAAGUGCCGGAGGAGGGAUUUCUGGUUGGUGGUUCCUGGAUGGGCUGUGUGGGUGGUGUUCGAGGGAGUUCGGAUAAUAAAGGAGUUUCUGUUUUGAACCUACAA